GCGGUUCUAAAGCUUUACGUUAUCGGCGCUAAGCUUCUGGUUUAUCAGAUGAUUCACAGAGCUUUUGUUCUUCCAGGUUAGAGAUUCACUUCGCUCCGACUGCUUUUUAUAGCACUCAUGAAGCCGCUAGCUGAUUUCUACUAUGUUCUGAAUGAAAGGCACUGGGCGGUGUCCUAAAUGACUCAAUGUUAUUCAUGUACAACACUAGAUAGCUUUGCCUAAGCAGCAUGGAAAGGUUGCCAUUGUAACAGGAGGAACACGUGGUAUUGGAUUUGAGAUUGUAAAGCAACUUCUCGAUCUUGGAAUGCAUGUUAUCAUAGCCUCUCAUAAUAAAAAAAUAGGACUUGCUGCUGUGAAGAGGCUCUGCGUGGAGAAAAGAGGAGCUCAAGUGGAGUUUGAGCAUCUGGAUCUUUCCUCCCUGAGCUCUGUACAAGAGUUCGUCCAGCGAUUUAGGGAACGAAGGCUCCCACUCCACACACUUAUUAACAAUGCGGCCGUUAUGCUAGUUUCAGAAGGGAAAACAGAAGAAGGUUACGAACGUCACUUUGCCAUUAACUACCUGGGUCACUUUCUGCUGACCCGACUCCUUUUGGACAUACUGGUGCAUUCUGGAAGAGAGGAGGAAUGUUCUAGAGUGGUCAACAUUUCAUCAUCUGCACACUAUGUGUCUGACAGCAACCUGCAUGACUUUCAAAGCCUGCAGAACUACAGUCCACAUGCUUCCUAUGCUCGUAGUAAACUUGCCCAGCUUCUGUUCACCUAUCAUCUUCAUAAGGAGCUCGAGCAGGGAAGCUGUGCUGUCACAGCUAAUGCUGUUGACCCAGGCAUAGUAAACACCGACCUGUACCGCAACCUGAGCUUUCCAGCAAAACUCGCACAGAAACUCAUAGCCUGUCUGCUCUUCAGGAGUCCAGCCAAGGCAGCAGAAAUAGCUGUGUACGCAGCAACAUCUCCAGACCUGGAAAGUGUGAGCGGCUGCUAUAUACAUGAAGGAAACCCAGUGAAAUCAUCUUUAGCUUCUUAUGAUGCUGAGCUUCAGAGUGAAUUGUGGAAAAGCACCUGCAAACUGCUACGACUUUCGACCUAUAUAAAAACAUGAACAUACCACUUCACAAGGUCAAAAUAAAACAGUUAUAGGCUGAGGUAGCAGUUAGCAUGAUGUUAAACUGGAUAAAUAUUUCACAGUUGACCAACUAUCAUAUUAUUACUUUUAUAUUUAAAAAAACCUCAUUGUAUUGUGACUAAUUAUAUUUAUACAGUAUAAGACCACACUGGCUCUGUGGUUUAUUAGGCUAGCCCAUGCUGGUCUGAACCCAGAUCUUAGUGGAGCUAUCGGUUGGCCAGGUGUCUUCACCUGACAUGAUUGAUGAUGUCUGAAGGGGAAGCACUGUGAUGGAUUAGUGCCCUGUUCAGUGUGUUCCUGCUUUGUGUUUCCCCAGUGGAGCUGGACUGAUCGCAUCCCUAACCAGGAUAUAGCAGUUGAUGGAAAAAAAAAACACUGUAUUGUUAAAAUAAAGCAGUGCUACUGAAAUAA